AUGUCUCUUAUAAGGUAUCGGGAUCCAAUCAUUAUUGGAAACCAGUUGAGCAUCCAAAUCGUGACUGUUGCUGCGAGCUCUUCUGCACGCACAGUUUGGAAUCAGGACAAUGUGAAUUUUCCUCUACCAUCAUAUAUCGGUAAAUUUCAGGCACACUUGAAUCUCUCAGCUGCCAAAUUGAACACCUUACAACGCGAAACUGGCUACAUAAGAAAUGUCGCUCUUCAGGCACUUAUUUUCCGUUAUUAUUCAUACUUCUGUGCGGUCAUUCUACAGUAUUUCUCUCCCGUUCUCCUGUCGUUUUUCUACGCCCUGCUGCUAAAAACAACAGGUGAUUUGUCGUGGCUUGGUGCCUCGACAGAAGGCUUCACGCCACCGGCUCCAACUGGAACUUUUCGGUCAAUUUUUGAUCCGACAGUUUGUCGGGCGGUGUGGUCCUUUUCAUUAGUGUUUGUUACAUUCACCAAUGUGGUUCUUUCUUUGAUUGGAGUCAUGUACAAUUCCUAUUUCCUUCCUUUAUAA